AUGUCUUCCUCCAAAAUCACUCAGGUCUUUCGUAAGAGCAUUUUCCCAUCUCACUUUAUUAACUGUCGAGUACGAUGCCUUCAGUCGCCGAGUCUUAUGUUGAGGAACUCGAGACCUGACCUAUUUCAGUCAUCGUUUUCGAGAAAUUUUACAAAUGCAAAAGAUGCUGAGACUGGACAUGAAACUGAAGCUGUGGCACCAGAAGGUCCCAAAAAGAAGCUAGCGACAUCUCUUAGGGAACUGAUACAAAAAAACUUUGUUGAUAUUUCAAAAAAACUAAAAGAUCCUGUCACUCCACCUAUUCGGCCUGGGAAAAAUAUAUGGAUUGUGAUACGAGACAACUGGAAGCAAUUUCUGGGGAUCGGCAUUCUAACGGACUUUCUUUUUGCUUUGGUUAUGAACAAGGUCAGCGAGUAUCGUGUCAAUUUAACUUUAGAAAAUGGUACUCGGCCCAAGUCAAAAGUGCUGGAAGAUGAGUUUGUUCCUCGACCUCAAAUUUCAGAAACCCUUAGGAAAGUUUUUCAGCCAAAUGAACGUCAAUCAUAUUAUUAUGUCAUCUGCGGAGAACAUGGAACCGGGAAGACAACAUUGACCAGAAUAGAGGCAACAAAUGUUGGAAAAGGCGUUAUAUAUGUUGAUAUUUUGAGAACUUGGGAGAAGCUUUUGGAAAGGCUAUUAAUCUGUCAUUUUUCGAAGACGUCUCUAUUUCAGCAUUACUGA